CAGGCAUAGCACAAAACGAUAUGUAAUGUGAGAUUGGUUUCGCCUAUUGGGAGAUUUUUUCUUGUACUUUGCCUUUGAUAAAACUUCAUUAUCAUCAAUCUCCAUCAAGCUCGAAUAAUUCUACUAUCCGUAAAAUCUCAGCGCCACCCUUAUCUGAAGGCCAUAGUCUUCUGGUUCUAUCUACUGCAAUUUGUUUUCAGCAUUUCAUAAAACUUCCCUUUGUUAUAGUUCAUAAAUCUCUAUCAAAGUUUCAUUCUUAUCUUUUUUAAGCUAUAUAUUCAGUCUGCAGGGGAAGAUUCACGUGAAGGAGAUUCAAGAUUUUAUCAUAAAUGGAAAUUCAGGUGAAGGAGACAAGUGUUGUACACCCAGCUCAAGAAACGCCCAGCCACUCUCUAUGGAUCUCAAACUUGGACAUUUUGAACGCACAAUUUGGUCAGGUGCCUAUGAUGUACUUCUACCGGCGGCCGCCGCAGCCGGCGUCUGAUAGAUCCGAUUUCUUUGACAGUUCUCUGCUUAAGGAGAGUUUGAGCAAAGCUCUUGUGGCGUUCUACCCUUUGGCUGGGAGGUUGGGAAGAGAUGAAAAUGGGAGGCUGCAGAUUGAUUGUAAUGGAGAGGGAGUCCUGUUCAUGGAGGCUGAAACAAGUUGUGCUAUUGAAGAUGACUUCACUCCAAGUUUGAAGAUGAAGCAGCUCGUUCCAGCCAUUGAUUAUUCAACAGGCGAUAUCUCUUUUCAUCCACUGCUUCUGUUACAGGUAACUUAUUUCAAGUGCGGAGGAAUUUGUGUUGGGAUUGGGUGGCAUCAUAUUUUGGGAGAUGGAGUUUCUGCAUUUCAUUUUAUCAAAUCAUGGGCUGAAAUAACUUGUGGCUUGCCUAUUAGCAUUCCACCUUCCAUUGACCGAACCAUCCUUCAUGCAAGGAUCCCAUCUCAUCCUACAUUUAACCACAGUGAAUACCAUCCCCCUCCUCCCAUGGAUAUUCUUGAAUCACAAUCAAGUCCUAGACCCACUUCCAUGGCGAGAUUUCGUUUAUCUCUUGAUCAAAUCAAUGCUUUUAAAGCAAAACUAAAAAAUGAGCAUGGAACCAUGUAUAGCACUUUUGUGAUUCUAGCAGCACAUGUAUGGUGUUGUGUGUGCAAGGCACGUGGGUUGUCUGCGAAUCAAUCAACCAAACUAUACAUACCAAUAGAAGGACGAUUAAGAUUGAAUCCUCCACUACCAUUGGGGCAUCUCGGAAAUGUGGUAUUUACUGCUACAUCGAUUGCCUUGGCAAGUGAUAUUCAAUCAAAACCUUUGAUUUAUACUGUGAAGAUUAUUCAUGAAACGUUAAAACGGAUGAAUGAUGAGUAUUUAAGGUCAACAUUAGCUUAUGUGGAACAACAUUAUAAUGAUCUGAUGACUAUUAAACAAAGAGUUCCUAGAAGUAGUUGUUGUCCUAACUUAAGGAUAGUGAGUUGGGCCCGAAUGCCCAUAUAUGAUGCAGAUUUUGGAUGGGGCAGCCCAAUUUUUAUGAGCCGGACUAUUGUUUCUUAUGAAGGAUCUUCGUUUAUCUUGCCAAGUCCAUCUAAUGAAAGGAGUUUGUUUUUGAUUAUAUGCUUGGAGAGUCCUCACAUGGAGCUCUUCAAGAAGUUGUUAUACACUGAGGGAGUUGCCCCAAUGAAAAAAUAUUAUAAGCCUAGCUCUUUGUGA